CCUGCAACACAUGCUGUUAACACAAAGCUUUGGCCUUUCUAUAUCUAACUGUAUGCAGGAUGCUGGUGUCUCCUUGGAUUUUCUGUUGAUGAACUUUGGGAUUCUCUCUUUUCUUCAGCCAUAAUGUUAGUCGCUGCUUUCGCCCUGAUUCAGGACACUUGAAUAGUUUUUUAAUCAUACUGGUUGUCAACUUCCACCUAAAGGAUCUGGUGCUGCCCCACAGAAAAAUCCACAUUCCAGACCUGAGUGCUGCUUCUGCUUUGCCGAGAUGAUGCUGGCGGUGUGUGUUGAUGUGCCAGGAGGUUCAGAAAAUCUGCAGCUGCGGACCAUCCCCAGACCUCAACUUAAGGAUACAGAAGUCCUAAUUAAAGUUCAUGCGACUGCCCUCAACAGAGCCGACUUACUCCAGAGACGAGGCCUGUACCCGCCUCCCCCAGGUGAGAGUGAGAUCUUGGGUCUGGAGGUAGCUGGCACCGUGGCUGCCAUUGGCCCUGGGGUAAAGAGAUGCUGGAAGUCAGAUGACAGGGUCAUGGCCUUGGUCUGCGGAGGAGGAUAUGCAGAAUACGUCGCUGUGCCCGAGGAGCUUCUCAUGCCCGUUCCCCGUCAACUCUCUCUCUGCCAGGCGGCUGCAAUCCCAGAGGCUUGGCUCACUGCGUUUCAGCUGUUGCAUCUUAUAGCUCAGGUAAAGCAGGGGGAGGUCGUGUUGGUGCACGCCGGGGCCAGCGGAGUUGGAACGGCUGCUGUCCAGCUGGCUCGUCUGCUCGGUGCCAUUCCUGUCGUCACUGCAGGGAGUGCAGAAAAACUCAAGAUGGCUGAGAAACUGGGCGCCGCAGCUGGCUUUAACUACAAAGAGGAAAACUUUGCAGAGAGAGUUAAUGAUUUUACAGAAGGCAGAGGAGCCGAUGUCAUCCUCGACUGCAUCGGUGGGAGCGCCUGGGAGAAGAAUGUGAGCUGCUUAGCCACAGACGGCAGGUGGGUGCUGUUCGGCACCAUGGGAGGCAAGACGGUAGAAGGAGACCUGCUGGGCAAACUGCUGUCCAAGCGAGGCCACCUGCUCAGCAGCCUCCUGCGCUCUCGCAGCCUUCAGUAUAAAGCUGAGCUGGUGAGGGCCUUCUCACAGAGAGUCUUGCCUUUCUUCUCAGACAAGCCUGCCUCCCUGAGGCCGGUGAUCGACAGCACAUUCAACCUGGACGACAUUGCAGAGGCUCAUAAACACAUGGAGGCCAACAGAAACAUGGGGAAAAUCAUCAUUAACGUGAUAUCACAAAGUCCUGAAACCCAGUGAUUUAUCAUGCUCAUGUUAUUACUUUGAAUUGUACAUUUCAUCCUGAUCAUUAAAGGAAUA